UUCAAUCGAUUGCUCUAUGUUCCUCCUGGACUGUCUGGAAUGAUCGAUGUUUCUUAGUUCGAUGAGUCGAGUCUGGUGCGCUGCAGAUAGCCGAGUUGUGGUUUAAAGUCCACCAGCAUGGGUCGACGCUCGUCUGACAGCGAAGAUGACAGUAGGAGCAGGAGGAAGAGAAAACAGCGCCGCCGCUCCUCCUCUUCCUCCUCGUCUUCGUCGUCCUCCGGUAGCAGGGUGAGGAGCAGUCGCAGCCGGAGGUCGUCUCGCCGGAGCCGCUCUCGCUCUCGAGACAGAAGGAGAAAAAGACGCUCCAGCAGUACUUCAUCCCACAGUUCAACUCGCAGGAGGAGAAGUCGCAGUGCAGAAAGAGAUAAAGGGAGGAGCCACCGGUCACAUAGGUCACGCAGUCGGGACAAAAGGUCUCAUUCUCGCCACCGAAGAUCUCACAGUAGGAGUGACAGCCGCCGAGCGGUACACAGCCGCAAAAGGAGCCACAGUCGCAGCAGAGAGAAGGACCGGAGUAGACGAAAGGGCCGAGACCGCGAGAAGGAGAAAGACAAGUACCGGGAUAGAGGAAGAGAUCGGGACAAGGACAGGGAGAAGGACAAGAGUAAAGACAAAACCGAGAAGAAGGAGGACACCGGCAGCCUCAUGGUUGGAUUAGAACAUCUGACUCCAGCGGAGCAGGCCAAAGUUCGUAUGCAAAUGGUCUUGCAAGCUGCAGCAAAGACAGAUGAAGUUCUAAAGGCCAAAGUUGCCCAGAGAGAGGAAGAGGCCCGGAAGAAGAUUGAGGAAGAGGGAACUUCUCUGGAGGAGCAAGUGAGAAGGAUAAAGGACAUCGAGGCCAUCGAGAGUGAUUCUUUUGUUCCUCAGGCUUUCAAAUCAUCCCGGGACGUUGUAAAGACUGAGCCAGCUGAGGUGAAAGUGGAGUCAGAGAGGGCGUAUUCUCAGGACAUCUCUCUUCCCACAUCUAUAAUCUACAAUGACAAUGACACGCUUGCCCAUCCCAGUCUGUUCGUGGACAAGGAGCAGGCUGAGGAGCUUUGGCUGAACAGACUGGUCUCACUGCGACAAGAGAGGCUGAUGGGAAGCCCUGUUACUUGAAGACAAGAAGACAGUGAUUUUUAUAGCAUCACAAUCUGUGUGAUGUUUUGUCAUGUUUUUUGUUUCCAAUCAGUCCUGAUAUGUUGAUAUGUCUACUUUUACUAAAAUAAAUAAAGAACGAGCUGUUGUCCCUA